GCGUAGCACACACAAGAAGCAAAGCACCACAUGACCAAAGCAAAGUAAAAACAGUUAGGAAAAUGUCAUGGCAGAUGAUAUAUACAGAAAUCUACUUGUUGUGGUGUGUGAUAUAAAUCCUGUAUGGUGGGGACUUCAGGCCAGGAUCUUACAAGAAAAUCAGCCUGCAAACUUGCCAAAUGAGCCUGUUGUGCCACCAUUAAACGCGUUUUUGAACAAUGUACUGGUAUUCUGUAAUGCUCAUCUCAUGAUGAAACACACAAAUGAACUGGCAAUACUUGGUGCCACUUGUACCAAAAGUCAAUUUAUCUAUCCGAGUAAUGAAGAGAAUGACAAUGAUAGCAUUAAGAACAAAGAUGGAAAGUAUGAACACUUUUCAUCCAUGAACAAUAUAGUUGUUAAAAGAAUUAGAGAAGUAAUGAAAAAUGAAAUCAACAAUGAUGGUAGCGAUGUUAAUCAAAAUACUGCCUCGCUCUUGUCAGGAGCGCUUUCAAUGGCUCUUUGUUAUAUAAAGCAAGCCGAGCGUGAUUGCCCUCGUAAGAUGUUUUUUUUGUCUUUUUCCUACAUUUCGUUGAAUUCUUUUGCCUUCUUUGUUGAUUUUUGUUGUUUUCUAGUUGGACAGUGCGUUAAAUCAAGAUUAUUAAUCCUGAAAGGAACGAAAGACGUGUCCACACAGUACAUGGCCACAAUGAAUUGCAUAUUUGCAGCGCAAAAAAAUAAUAUAGUUAUGGAUUCUUGUCUCCUAAAGUCGGAUUCCGGAUUCCUUCAACAAGCAUCAGACAUUACGGGUGGCAUGUAUUUAAAAGUUGAAAAGAUGGAGUCGCUACUACAAUAUUUAUUGUGGAUUUUCCUACCCAACCCCAGUACAAGGGAGAGCUUAAACAUGCCACGUGCCAUAGAAAUCGACUACAGAGCAGCUUGCUUUUGUCACAGAACAUUGGUGGACAUUGGCUUCGUGUGCUCUGUUUGUCUUUCAAUUUACUGUCAAUUGAUACCACGAUGUCGUACUUGUCAAACAAGAUUCAAACUUCCAAUGGCUACACUAGCCCGACCCAAAAAAAGGAAAAAUUAGGAGCAUUCCUCGACUAUGGAUUAAAAAAGCAUGACAUAUACAUAUGUAUACAAACGUCAAAUUCAGCACGUUGGAGUUUUUAUAUCAUAAGGAAGGCACUCUUCGACGAAGCACCAGAUUUAAUAGAUUGUGAGAUUCAAACGAUAUGAAUGACAAACAACAAAAAUUGUGAAACAGAAAUUAAACCUAGAUCUUUGUGUUUUAA